AUGUUGGACACGUCGUCGACCACGUCUACAAUCACGACUACGACUGCAACGACAACCACUUCGGUUGUUGCAUCGUCGUCGACACUACCAAACGCUUCCACUGGAGUAAGUUCACAAACGGCCGCCACAGCAUUGUCCUCGGCGACGUCAACUUGCACGGCCGCAGCCAUUGCAGACGCUUUUGACAUAUUCGAUCAUAGUGGCAACAGGACCAUUGAUGUACGUGAACUUGGCACAGUGCUCCGUUACUUGGGUUACGUACCUUCGCAAGCCGACCUGAGAGAACUUGCUGUAAACGUUGAAGAUCACGAAGCGACAGGUACCGUACAUCUGGCGGCAUUUUUACCAUACGUCGAAAACGCUAUCAGUGAAUACAAAUAUCAACCAGCAUCAGCGUCUGAACUGCUUAGCGCUUUUCGGGCCUUGGAUCCAGAACGGACCGGCACCGUAAGCCGUGAGUGCAUGGAGUCGGCGCUCCGUCACGAUGGAGAACCAUUCGAAGACGAAGAACUAGAGGAAAUGAUGUCUGCCGCCACCAUCGAAACGGCUGCAGGUGGCACCGUCAUACCAUACGAGCUCUACAUAAAUAAAAUCUUGGUGACAAAAUGGGACACAGAACAGUAUGGUAGUAAUACCAUGACUAUUACAACGACUAACUCAAAAAUAUCCAACAGAAAUUAA